UAUUUUCAUUUUUAUUUGUUAAAAUACAAUCGAUAGUUUUUGUGAUAAAAUGUCAAAAAAAGAUGAAGAUUCUCUACAAGAACUACUUGCAGAAGCGAUUUAUGCAUCUGGUACACCAUUAUGUAUAACAGAAAAUCCAUAUUGGCUAAAAUUUUUUAACGCAUUACGGCCUUCAUUUAAUUUGCCAUCAAGAAAUCAAAUAUCAAAUAAUCUUUUAGAUUCAGUAUUCGUUAGAACACAAAAUAUGGUUAAUGAAAAAAUUGAAUCUGCUACUACUGUUGGAGUGCAAUGUGACGCAUGGUCUAAUAUUCGCAAAGAAGGAAUCAUCAAUUUUAUUGUAACAACCCCAGCGCCAGUUUUUUUCAAAACAUUUCCAACUGGAACCGAAUCACAAACUGCCUUAUAUAUUUCUGAAAAAAUAGGAAAAAUAACAUACAUUGCAAGAAAUUUAAAAUUACUUAAUCCUUCACCAAAAAAUACAGAAGAAGAAUGUGAAGAAGAUGAGGAAAGUAAUAAAGGAGAGGAUGAAAUAAGUGAAAUUUGUGCUGAGCAUGAAGAAGUUGAAUUUUUAGAAGAAGAAUUUACUCAAGACUAAUUAGUGAUGUUGAUGGAAUUGAAUCAGUAUUAGACUUGUUAUUUCCUAAUGAAAUAUGUCAAUUAUUA